AUGACAAAGCAGCCUUCAGGUCCUCUCCACACUGCCUCCUUCGCAAUUUCCAUGACCGAACUUCUUCUCCUCUCCACUCGUCUACCCACCCUUCAUCGUUCAGGCUUCACCUGGCGCCCCACCUGGCCAACUCUAAACCUAGGAAGUCGUAUUCCCGAACAAUCUGACCUUUCCUCCGACCAUCGCCUAAAAUUCCGAUUUGCUCCAAAGUCUACUCCAGCCGAAUUACUCCUCUCCCUCGAAUCCCAGAUCAUAACAAAACGUCCGUUGUUAUAUGUAAAACAUGUGGCAUUGGAUAUUGCAUAUGACCCCGUGGCGGGGUGUAUAGUGGAUAUUACGACUUCGGAUGUGGAGGAUCAUAUCAAUCUGUUGCCGUUGUUGUAUAAACGGGAUUUUCAACCUAUCGAUCUUGUUGUUCGUCUGUUUGAUCAGGAAGUUGAUAGAUGGACGGCGUUUAUAAGGGCCUAUGGGUCGCAUAUUAAAGCACUCAGAACCUACCUCUACGACAACCGUGUCCAAAAAGCCACAAUAAACACCAUCCUCGCCUCUUUAAAGCUCGUCGAUAGUCUCCUCCUAAUCGCCCAAAACAACGUAGAAACAAUCGACCAGUUCCUCUCCCCAGACGUUUAUAAUCAAAAGCCCAACCUCCCAUACUUCUGGAUGUGGCGUAAAACUCCUCCUGUUUCAACAACCUCGGGAAAUAGCUUCGCUGGCGGUAGUAGCGGUCAGAGUACCCGUGUAAACACCGGUAAUACGGGAGAAUCGAGUACGUCGACCGCGAACUCUUCGGCGACUAUCACCGAAAAUACAUAUACACCCGCCACUUCCGCAGAGAUGCUAUUAGAGCACGCAUGUCCGGCACAGUACAACAAACUAGUCCGUGAUAAGGAGUAUUUCAUGCAUGUUCAAGGUGUCCUAAAAGGGUGGGAAGUCGAUCUACGUGGUCAAAUGCAAUUGAUCUUUAACCUCAUCAGCAUUGAUGAAGCUUACAGAUCUCGAGAGCAGAAUACCAGCUUGAAGCGUCUCAGCUGGAUCACUUUCAUCUUCCUCCCAAUGCUAUUCAUGUCCUCCCUUUUUGGUAUGAACGUCAACCUUCUAGCCAAUAAUCCAGAAUGGUGGUGGUAUCUAGUAUGGACUAUCCCCUGCCUUGUCCUCGUCAUGCUAUUCUGGUUCUUAUAUAGAAUCUGGGACCGACGAAGGAUAGCAGAGGAGGAACUACCAUUUAAGAUUGCUUGA